UGCGGAGCCGCGAACACAUGGUUUUCCUUCUCCCGUACGUGAAGAAAAUUUGGAAGAAUCGCGCUUCCUUUAAGUUUCUGACCUUGUCUCCUCCAUUUCUUCGCAUUAGAUUUUGAAUUUUUGAUCUGGGUUUCUUCUUUUCUCUGCUAAUUCAUCAUGGCCAACGGCGAAAACCUCGAGGAAUCAAGCCCACUUCUCGGCAAGGUCGUUGAAAAAGCAGAUGAGAAGGAUACACAUCGCAUCUCCACGGGGGAUAGGGCCGAUGCAGUACCUCCGCCGCCUCCUGUCCGGAAAUUUGCGGAGGAAGAGAACGGCGGCGAUGGCUGUGAUUAUGGGUGGACUGCCGAUGGGCUCCCGAUUCAUGGUAGUGUGAUGGGAGAGCCGGUAGGUCGGGCCCAAUGGGAAACUGGUCUCUGCGCUUGUCUUGGUCGCCACGAUGAGUUCUGCAGUAGCGAUCUAGAAGUUUGUCUUAUUGGAAGUGUGGCUCCUUGUAUGCUGUAUGGAAGCAACGCAGAGAGACUUGGGUCUACUCCUGGGACUUUUGCAAACCAUUGCAUGUCAUAUUCUGGUCUCUACUUAAUUGGAACCUCUUUCUUUGGUUGGAACUGCCUUGCUCCAUGGUUUACAUUUCCUACCCGCACAGCUAUCCGCCGAAUGUUCAAUCUGGAGGGUAACUGCGAGGCACUUCAUAGGUCAUGUGGCUGUUGCGGACUCUGUGUUGAAGACGAAGUUCAGCGUGAGCACUGUGAAUCUGUCUGUGACUUUGCAACUCAUGUCUUCUGUCACACCUGUGCACUUUGCCAGGAAGGUCGUGAACUUCGUCGGAGGAUGCCUCACCCAGGGUUCAAUGCUCGUCCUGUGUUAGUCAUGAUCCCACCUGCAGAACAGUCCAUGGGGCGUGGAGUCUGAGAUCAUCUUCCUCCUGCUUUCCAUGUUCUUUUGCAGUGGCGUCUUGCUGCUGACCUGCAAUGUAUUAGGGGCUGAUGAGUCUCGGAUGUUAAGUUUUCAAAGGGAAAAAUAUUCUGACAAGGUUUCAGAAUAAGACGACAUUUCCUAUUUGUGGAUAAUAUUUUGUUCCUUUGUGUAUAGAAUUUGUUGAAGAUUCUUGGCCACCAGGGCCAGCUUUGUUUCCUUCAGUUUGAAUAUUAAAAAAUUAUUGUGUUGUUUCUUGUA